CUCCGGGCCGUCUGGCGCCGCCGCCGCCGGCCGUGUCGCGCCCGCAUCUGUGAGGAGAGCGGGAGCGCGGGAGGCAGGAGGGCAGGUGGUGAAGAGUAGAAGGAGGAGCCGGACUCCCUGCUCAGCUGAGCUCAGCUGAAGGAGAGUUGUGGUGUCAGUGUCAGAGAGUGUUUCCCUCUGCAGCACAAGCAAGCGUAAGACACGACAAUGCUCAGACACACACAAACCAGACUCUUUUCCUCUGCGGCCAGACUACUCUCGGCCACCAAAAAGCACGACGUUGUUGUGAUUGGUGGUGGACCAGGUGGUUACGUUGCCGCCAUCAGAGCCGCCCAGCUCGGGCUUGACGCUGCGUGCGUCGAGAAGAGAGGCUCUCUCGGAGGCACCUGUCUUAACGUCGGGUGCAUUCCUUCGAAGGCGUUGUUGAACAACUCACACCUGUACCACGAGAUCAAGACGGAGUCGUCCAAGAGAGGUAUCGACAUCGAGGGCGAGGUGAAGCCUAACUUGGCGAACUUGAUGAAGGCCAAGGACAGCGCGGUGAAGCAGUUGACGGGCGGUAUCGAGAUGCUCUUCAAGAAGAACGGCGUCACGUACUACAAGGGUACCGGGUCGUUUGUCGACGAGCACAACGUGAAGGUCGACCCGAUCGAGGGCGGCGAGGAGGCCACUCUCGAGGCGAAGAACAUCAUCAUCGCCACCGGGUCCGAGCCUACUCCGUUCCCGGGCAUUGAGAUCGACCAGGAGAGAAUCGUCGACUCCACCGGGGCGCUCUCGCUCAAAGAGAUCCCAAAGAAAAUGGCCAUCAUCGGCGGUGGUAUCAUCGGUCUCGAGAUGGGUUCCGUGUGGUCCAGACUGGGUGCCGAGGUGACCAUCUUGGAGUUCCAGACCGCCAUCGGCGGUGCCGGCAUGGACGCCGAGGUCGCCAAGGCGACCCAGAAGUUCUUGAAGAAGCAGGGCCUGAAGUUCCAGUUGGGCGCCAAGGUCAACAAGGCCACCAGAAACGGCGACGAGGUGGACAUUGAGUUCGAGGACGCCAAGACCGGCGAGGUCCAGACCAUCAAGUCCGACGUCUUGUUGGUUGCCGUCGGCAGAAGACCAUACUCCGCCGGCCUGAACGCCGAGGCCAUUGGCUUGGAGUUCGACAAGAAGAAGAGAGUCGUCAUCGACUCCGAGUACAAGACCAAGUACCCACACAUCCAGUGUAUCGGUGACGUCACCUUCGGCGCCAUGUUGGCCCACAAGGCCGAGGAGGAGGGCAUUGCCGCCGCCGAGUACAUCAAGCUCGGCCACGGCCACGUCAACUACGGCAACAUCCCGGCCGUCAUGUACAGCCACCCAGAGGUUGCCUGGACCGGUAAGAACGAGGAGGAGCUAAAGGCUGCCGGCAUCAAGUACAAGACCGGCAAAUUCCCAUUUGUCGCCAACUCCAGAGCCAAGACAAACAUGGACACCGAGGGCUUUGUCAAGUUCAUUGCCGACGCAGAGACCCAGAGAGUCCUAGGUGUCCACAUCAUUGGGCCUAACGCCGGUGAGAUGAUCGCCGAGGCCGGCUUGGCCAUCGAAUACGGCGCCUCGUGCGAAGACAUCUACAGAACGUGCCACGCCCACCCAACCUUGUCCGAGGCGUUCAAGGAGGCCGCCAUGACCGUCUUCGACAAGCCUAUCAACUACUAACCCUGUCUCUUUCACCCAUUCUUUCGUAUCGACCGUAUAAGCACCCCCACCCCAUCCUAUAUACACGUAUACUCCGAAAA